AUGACUGGUCACAGCUACGCCAUCUACAAUGGGGUCUACAUGGUGGCUCAUGCUUUACAUGCUCUGUAUUUGUCCAAGUCUAGAAGAGAAAUGACAGAAGAAAAGAGAAAGAAGCUUCACAGUCUAAAGCCAUGGCAGCUCCACUACUUCCUGAGAUAUGUAUCUUUUAAUAACAGUGCUGGGGACAAAGUUUCCUUGGUUCAGAAUGGGGAACUAGAAGCAAGAUUUGAUGUUAUCAACUGGGUCAGCUUGCCCAACCAAUCUUUGGUUAGACAGAAAAUUGGAAAGAUUGAUCUCCAGGCUCCAGCAGGUCAAACUCUCUCAAUUAAUGAGGAUAUCAUCGCAUGGGACCAUUGGUUUCACCAGACACGGCCAAUUUCUGUAUGCACUGAGAGUUGCCAUCCUGGUUAUAGAAAGAAAAAGAAGGAGGGGGAACCAUUCUGUUGCUACGAUUGCACUCCAUGCCCAGAGGGGAAGAUAUCUGCUCAGAAGGACAUGGCUGAUUGUUUUCAAUGCAAAGAUGACCAGCAUCCAAACAAUGAACAGAAUGUGUGCAUUCCUAAGGUGGAAACGUUCUUGUCCUAUGAGGAACCUUUGGGGAUGAGUUUAGCCCUGAUUGCUCUUCUGUUUCCUUUUAUCACAGUCCUCAUCUUAGGACUCUUUAUAAAGCACCACAACACUCCCAUUGUCAAAGCCAACAACCGGAGCCUCACCUACACUCUUCUCCUCUCCCUCCUGCUCUGUUUCCUUUCUGCUUUGCUCUUCAUUGGCCAGCCUGAGAAGGGGACCUGUCUCCUCCGCCAAACGGCAUUUGGCACCAUCUUCUCAAUGGCUGUUUCUUCUGUGUUGGCUAAAACCGUCACUGCGGUUUUAGCCUUCCUGGCUACCAAACCAGGAUCCAGUUUGAGGAACUGGGUGGGAAAAAGACUGGCCAACUCCAUGGUUUUUUCUUGUACCCUUAUUCAAGGGGGUAUUUGUGGUUUAUGGCUGGCAAUCUCUCCCCCAUUCCCAGAUGUCGAUAUGAAUUCAAUCAUGGAAGAAAUUAUUCUGACAUGUAAUGAGGGCUCCACUGUCAUGUUCUACUGUGUCUUGGGCUACAUGGGCUUCCUGGCCAUUGCCAGCUUUGCUGUGGCUUUCCCAGCUAGGAAGUUACCUGACACUUUCAAUGAAGCCAAGUUCAUCACCUUCAGCAUGUUGGUCUUUUGCAGUGUUUGGCUCUCCUUUGUCCCAACCUACCUGAGCACAAAAGGGAAAUACAUGGUGGCCACGGAAGUCUUCUCCAUAUUAGCCUCCAGUGCUGGCCUGUUAGGCUUCAUCUUUCUUCCCAAAUGCUACAUUAUUGUUCUGAAGCCUGAGCUGAACAACAGGAACUAUCUUAUAAGGAGGAAGCACUGA